UGGUUUUUUUGUUUCGACCCGGAAAAUCUGUAAAAGCUUCCCUAAAACGUUUGCUAAGAGAAUUCCGUGAAAAACUCGUGGUCAGAAGCGCAAAAUCGAAGAAAAACUCUUUGAAAAGUGAAAAAUCGACGCAAAAUGAAUUCUUUGUCGGUGAAACUCUCGUUACCCACUCGCGUCCAGCCGGAGGUGAUGCCCCAACCGGGGAUGGCUGGCGUGUACACCAACCAGUUGCACUACUUCAAGAAGCACUUCCUGGACGAGCUCACAAAGAAGAAGUUCGCCUCGGACUUUAUGAACCCGGUGGAUACCGAAGAGUUACAGAUCCCCCAAUAUUACACUGUCAUCCAUCGACCCAUGGAUGUGGGCACCAUCACCAAGCGGGUGGAGAAUAACUAUUAUCACGACGUGGAUGAGGCCAUCUCUGACUUUCAUCUUCUCCUCCGCAACUGCUACAUGUUCAACGGCGUUGACACUGUGGUCUAUCGCAAGGGUAUCCAGUUGGAGAAGUUCUUUCAGCGAGUGAUCAAGAACAUACCCCAGGGACCGCCAGUGCCGUGCAACAAGGAUCCCAUGGCCACGUGCAAGCUAAAGAUCAAUCCCAUGGCCGCAUCCGUGGAGCAGGAGUGUCGCAAUCAGCUGCGAAAGCUUCAGACCUUCACCAACCAAGCGGAGGCCACGGCCCGCAAUUUCUUUGGACCCAAGUGGAACUCUUUCUCUGCCAAGCUGGACAAGCAGUUCUUCAAGUCACUCGAAGAGUUCCGCUUCCAUGUGGAUGGCAUGUUCAAAAAGUAUCACGAUCAGGCUAAAACAAUCUAUGAGAAGGUCUACGAUCAGCCGGGUGGCUAUCAAGUGAAUAAUAACUCCAUCUCCCACUCUUCUGUCACCUCCAACCGGUCCACCUCAGAUUCCUACAUUACCAUUUCGAGAGCGGAGGCGACUGACCUAAUGCGAACCUUCCAGUUUGCCCAAAACAGCCUUACUCAGUGCAUGAAGCAGCCCCAUAAGGUGAAGGCUCUGGUUGAGACUUUAUGUAACACCAUAGGCCAGUUCAAGGUUAAACUGGAGGUCAUCGAGACAGCGAUUGCUACCCAGGACACAAAUAUGAACAUACAGAACUCAACUAUUGUUCAGGAGAAGGAGAUUCCUGCCGGGCUCUACCUUCCGACCGAGGGCCUUGAGUUUCUGGUGGACACACCGGAUGCUGGUUUGUCGGAGGAUGACCCGAAACUGGAACCUAUCGACCAGGAUGAGCGACGCCACAUUCAGAUGCUCUUCUGCACGCUUCCCGGUCCGGCGAUGCGUGAAAUAUGCGGCAUAGUCCAUGCCAACGAGGUUCUAAUAAGCGAUAACAAUGGUGCUUAUAACUUUGAUCUUAACAACUUCGAAUUGGUAAAUGCCCAGAUCAUGAAAGCGGCGGUGGCCAGGGCUUUGAAGCUCAAUGGCAAGAUCUAUCUGCCGCCCGAUGAGAUGGACAAUGCCGGGCGCCUUGGCCACAAUCGCCGCAAGUCCAGCGGGAAGAAUAACUAUAGUUUCAAAGCCAAUGGCAACCAAUGUAGGGGCAAGAAGAGGUCCAAGUCGGCAGAUUACCGCUCAGAUGGAGAGACUUCAUUAGGUGGGGAAAUUAAAAGGAAGACGACCUGGUUGAACUCAAACCAAAACCCAAAUAUACCAGAGUUGCCUAUAGAUAUAUAUUCCAAAGGUCACAAAAGUGGAAAAUCAAAGAAGGAAGGCCACAGGGUGCCAGAGUCUUCCCAGAACCCAUACGGAAAGUUUCCCAUUUCCGCUGGAGGCCCGUUCAACCGCAAAGCCUCCGAAAGUCAAGACCGUAUGACCCAAUCUAAAGGCAACUUGAAGUUGGUACCUCCUGAAAAAUUAUAUUCUGAAAACCAAUGGACACACACAGGCGAAAGGCUUUCCAGGUGCGACUACCCUUCACGUGGACGUGGUCGUGGUGGAGUUCGUCUUCUACCGCCAGAACCUCUGGCAAAAACUGAGCAACUCUUGGCAAAGUUCAAGGCUCUUGUGGAUUCCAGUACCGAUGAUGACGACGACGAAUACGAAGUCGACAACGUUUACAACAACUAUAACUGCCAGAAUAAUCACAAAAACAACAAUAACAACAAUAACAACAAAUCGUCGGCUAUGAAUAGCAAGAAUCAAUCAAAUCCGAAGAAUCCCCAAUUCCUGGCAUCGGGAAAUGUCCUUACCAGGGAUCUAUCUUUAAGCAGCAGCAGCAGUUCCGACGAGAAUUAA